UAGACCUAAAAAUCUUCUCCAAAAUACAAGCUCGAUAUCCUGGAGUCCCCAUCCAUACUGACAUUGUUGAGCCAAGCCCAGAGCAGAUCCUCAGCUACAAGGAGAACAUGGCCAAGACCCCGGGACUUGAAAAUGUUCAUUUUAACUGGAUCAACAAAACAGCUUUUGACUUUGAGCUUCAAGUGAAGGAAGAGAAGUCAGAAAGAAAGUAUGAUUUCAUCCAUAUGAUACAUAUGCUGUACUACGUAGAAGAUGUGCCAGCAACACUGACCUUCUUCAGGAGCCUAUUGGCACCGAAUGGAAAACUCCUUAUAAUACUUAUAUCCGGAAACAGCGGAUCUUCUAUUUUAUGGAAGAAGUAUGGACCACGUUUGCCCCGAAACGACCAGGGCAUCUCAGCGGACAACAUUGCAGACAUGCUGAGAUCAGAGGGCACAAAGUAUCAGAGCUAUGAGCUGCCAUCUUACAUUAACAUCACCGAAUGCUUCAUCGAUGGGAACAGGAACGGGGACUUGAUGUUGGAUUUUCUCACGUUGUCGUAUGAUUUUAACAAAAACGCCCCUCCCGAGCUGAGAGAGGAAAUAAUUCAAUAUCUCAAGUGCCCAAAGUACAGCUCUGUUAAAGAGGGAAAGAUCAUUUUAAAUAAUAGUCUUAGCACUAUAGUGGUGGGGAGUGGAUAG